AUGUCUACCGAUAUCCGUCACGAUGAUAUGGGGACUUCAACUGAGUUAAGCGCCACCAGCUCCGAUUUGCAAACCGUUGUCCUCCAUAUACUGUCUCCAUCACUAGAAGCCCCAAAUCGUGUGACACUGAAUGACCUGCCUCUUACAAUCAAAAUCUUCGAUCUGAAAACUCGACUGUCUGAAAUGCUACCCAACCGUCCUCGUCCUGAUAUACAGAGACUCAUAUAUCGGGGGAAACCUCUGGCGGACAAUGAAGAGCAGCUGAGCAAUAUUGUGGAGCCAGCAGAUGGCAGAGUACAUACAAUGCAUCUUGUUCUUCCUCCUAAUCGUGCCAAAAUUCCCAUUUCUCCUCCACCAAACCUCUUCUCAGAUCUCAACACCUCCCCGCAUGACUCUUCUGGCUUGCGUGCUCGAACAAACAAUGUGGAACCAACUACACAAAGGCCACCCCGCUCACCCCAGUAUCAUUCUGAUGCUUUGGUCAGCCAAGUCACUUCAUUGCAUCAGCAAGUUAUAACACAGCAUCAACAGCUGACUGCGCAAAUCACGCAAAAUGCGCGGAUAACAGACAAUAAUCGCCCUGGUGAUAUCGCAUUUUCAACAGCGACAAGUACAUCAAAUAUUUCACUCCAGAAUAGGCCUGAGAACUUUUCUUUGUUUGGCUCAAGACCAGGAACCCAGGGGACCAAUCUGCAGAGUGAGAGGAUAGGUUUGAUGCCGAACAAUGAAGGCCGCAAUCCACCAGGAGCCUUGCCACCCAGCUAUAGGACCACACAGUACAAUAUUACGGCGUCUCACCCUCCUCCCAUUCAACGUACAGCUGGCUUUCCUCCCAGAGUUAGCAACCGUGUAGGAGAUGGUGAGAUUGGCAUGGCACCCUUGGAUGAAAACCGACAACAGAGAAUUGCACACCUACUAGAGUACAUCUUCAACAUGGAGGGCCAACUCCGCCGGGGCAUCCUCCCACCCAUUGACGAAAUUUCUCACAUUCGCGUUCAGCUGUACCAGAUUUUGGAUGAACAGUAUCACCAGCCCCUUUCUCCGAGAGAUGGCAUGCCCGAAGCUCUUCUAGGUCGGCUUGCAUCACUUACCGCCCAAGCAGAUCAGAUCCGCAUUUUGAGAGCCCGAUCCCCAUCAUUCUCGCCCCAAAAUUCCCUUUUUAGCCCGCCACAAACUACACAAGACAACAUACAGUCGUCCGUAUAUUUACUCUCUUCUCCAUCUGGUUACCAUGCCGUUCUUGUGCCCCCAGCUGUUGGCACGGGGCAUCUUACCAACCACCCAGCAAUGCCCAUAUUUCAUACUCACAGGGCAAGUCCUCACCCGCACAGAGUACCGACUCCACACCCGGUACUCCAUUCCGCAACUAAUGCCCCUGCUGUACCGGAGGCGGUUAACCAGGCCUUGAACCAAGCUGCCCUGCGGCGGCAACACCGGCCACGUUUGGGACAGCUAAGUUUCACUCGAUUUCUCCGCCGUCUUUGGUUCUUUGUUCGUCUAUACUUUCUCUGCUAUCUCCUUAGCGAAGACGGUACAUGGUUUAGGAUUAUUCUAGUUUCACUUUCGGUCCUCACUACCCUUUUAUCGGAAACGGAUAUACCGCAGCGCCUGCAAAGAGCUAUUAUAGAUCCAUUGCAAAGACAUCUUGAAAGUUUAUUGCCUCUGGAUGCUCACCAUCCGCGAGAAAUCAAUAUAGUGCCAAGAGCUGGUAACACAAACGCCCAGCCCGUCCAUCCAAUACAGCGAAAUGGCGUUGACGGAAGUCUUCGGCCCCUUGAUGGAACGCAGCAAAAUGCAGCAACGGCCAACGGCGAAGCAGCUGGUUUUCUUCAUGGACUCAGGAGGGCGGAACGGGCGCUUGCUCUUCUGCUGGCAACUCUGGUCCCAGGUGUUGGGGAACGCCAUGUAGCGGCAAGAAACGCUGCAGUGGCUGCGAGGCAAAAUGAGUUGGCUGCAAGGCGGGCGGCGGAAAAUCAAGCUAGAGAGCAACAGAAUGAAGACGCAGAAACGCAGAACAACGAAGCUGAUGAUGGCGGCGCGGAUGCAGAACCGGAGAGGAGACCUGGCCACACGAACAACCGGGAAGAAAAUCCGUUGGAGGCAUAA